AUGCCGGCAAGCCUGCAAGCUCGAACGUUGGGAUCUGCCAGACGAGCUUGCGCAGGUGAGACAGGCUCCAGAGCUCCACCGGGCAGAGACUUUGCUUUUGCACGCAGGUGCAAGCUGGAAAUCUUCGAAUUGGUCAGGAGUUCUGUACCCGCCAACGUCUUGAAGCUGGCCUUCGAUCCUGACUUGCCCGUGGAAGUCUGGGUGCCUCCGCCCGUCGAGCUCGCGAGGAAGGUAGCAGCGCUGGAUGAUCCGCACACGAAGCAGGACAAUGCCGUGGGCGGAGGUCGCUUUUGCCCACGCCUUCCAAGUUGCAAUCGUUGCAGGUCAUUUUCUCCGGGAGGCUUCAUCGACAUGUCUUGCAACGGUAUGCGCCAACAUGCAAGCGCCUGGUAUGUGCAUGGCUUGAAUCUGGUGAUGGACGCAAGCCGCCGGAUUGAGGUGUGUGCGGAGGUGAGACACUCCAGGGUGCGUGUCUGGAGCUCAAGAGGAGAGAGCAAGACACGUUGUACGCCAGCUGGCGGGUCUUUACCACAUAUCGUCUCUGGCUCCAAAGAGACGGUGCCCGUCCUCGCAUCGACUCGCAUGGCUCCUUGCGCUUGGAUGUGGGAGACGCAGGGUCCAGCCGCCGCGACCACCGCGGCCGGUCUCGGCGUGCAUGGCAGGAGCAAGUUGGCGCCGUGUGAGUCGUCUUUCGCUCGAGGUCCGCUUUGUCCCCCGGAGUCACACUGCAAGAAUUCCCGGCCUGGCCCCACCCUCCUGCCCCCAAGCGUCGCAUUCCCGUGGUUCCGCAACGUCCUGCAAACAUAA